ACAAGUUGGCAACGCGCACUUUCGGCGGGAGUCGUCAUCGAACAAUCAGCGCUGUUGCUUAACGGCAUGCAUUUGCUGCUAUCUGCCAUUGCAUACCUUUUGUUUAGCCGCAGGUACGGCUAUGCGCAUGUGCGAUCAGCUGUUUGUUGUCGACGCGCGGCUUCAGGUGUCUCAGUCUAAGUUGGAACGUUAAAGCGGCGCGCUGCAGACAGUUCGAAACGAACAGGCGCGCGUUGAUGGUCUAAACGCGGACGACGCUACGCGAGCGAAAACGUAUUUAACGGUUAACGGCAGUCAAUUUGUGUUUCCGUUUUUGUAAGUGCUAGGGAUUUGUGGGAGAAUAAUAGGUGUGCUAUUCAACAAUUUAAAUACAAAUGUGUGUGUGAUACAGUGAUCGCCCAAUAGUCUGACGUUGACGAAUGUAAUUUGUGUGCUAAAAAGCUGUGCUUUUUAACAACAUUCAUUACUUAUAGCAACCCAAAUUUUACAAAAGAGAAAUUCAACAGUUUACAACAAAAAAUUCAAUGCAAAUAUUAAAAACUUAAAAUAACACCAAGCAAAAACAAAAACAAAUUCUGCAAAAAUAUGCAAGUGUGACCUACAUAAACCAAUACAACAAUUAUCGCUCAACGACCAUCUUCGGUGUUAAACUCGUUUGUGCAACAAUAAAAAAAAAACACACACGCGGUUGACAGGACGAGUUUUUUUGUGCGACUUGCUUGUAUUUGCCUCUUUCUGCUUGUAAAACUUGGCAAGUACACUGUGCGGCGAUAAUAACGAAAAUAAACAAUAAAUGUGUUGAUCGAAACAAACAAGAAAGAAGUAGCGGCGACAACAGCAGGAACAUCAACAAAAACAAUAGCGAACACGAUCAGCAGAUCUGGUUUUUGCGCCGUGACAAAAAUAAAUUUUAAUUAAAAUUUAUAAAUUUGAAAUAACAACAGCAACAAAGGCAAUAUUUCUCGCAGUCAUUGUAACGCCGUCGGACGUGGUAUUGUCCGCAUCACAGCACAUUUAACAAUGAGCAAGCGGAAAAAACUGCUGCAAAGGUUCAUAACGUGAUAACAGUUACUCGAAAAACUACACAAUCUGGCAAAUAUAAACAGUUUAUAAAAUAAACUCCUCGAAAUCUAAGUGACUACGGCAUAUUAAUCGCACUCCAAAGACAAUGGUACUCAAUCUACUCUUCAUAACGACUGUGAUAAAAUCUACGUUCGGCGUAGUGACUACCGGCCUUUGGCUCAUACCGUUACUGCUCGCCGCCAUUACUUACUACCGCUACGAUAGCGUCGAUCCAGAGGCUCGACCCAUCGAUCAACUGAAUCUGUAUCCUGAAUAUGAUUUCAUUGUAGUGGGCGCUGGUUCGGCCGGCGCCGUGGUGGCCAAUCGACUGACAGAAAUGCGUAGAUGGAAGGUUCUACUCAUCGAGGCGGGUCCAGAUGAAAAUGAGAUCUCCGAUGUGCCCUCAUUGGCCGCCUACCUGCAGCUGAGCAAACUUGACUGGCAGUAUAAGACACAACCGUCCAACAAAGCCUGUCUCGGCAUGAAAAAUAAUCAAUGCAAUUGGCCGCGCGGUAAGGUGCUCGGUGGCUCGAGUGUACUCAACUAUAUGCUGUAUGUGCGUGGCAAUCGACAUGACUACGAUUACUGGGAAUCGCUAGGUAACACCGGCUGGGGCUAUAAUAAUGUGCUGCAUUACUUCAAGAAAUCGGAGGAUAACCGUAACCCCUACCUAGCUAAAAACCCUUAUCAUGGACGCGGCGGUUUAAUGACGGUGCAAGAAUCACCUUGGCACUCACCAUUGGUUGCCGCUUUCGUGGAAGCGGGACGCGAGAUUGGUUAUGAGAAUCGUGACAUCAAUGGUGAGAAGCAGGCUGGUUUUAUGAUUGCACAGGGCACUAUACGUCGUGGCUCACGUUGCAGCACCGCAAAGGCUUUCUUACGUCCAAUUAGAUUGCGUAAGAAUUUCCAUCUCUCUAUGAAGUCGCAUGUCACCAAAGUAGUCAUAGAGCCAGGCACCAUGCGCGCUCAUACCGUGGAGUUUGUUAAGAACGGUAAGGUAUUUCGCAUACGCGCAAGACGGGAGAUCAUUUUGUCCGCUGGUGCUAUCAAUACACCGCAGAUAAUGAUGCUAUCAGGCAUUGGACCAAAGGCGCAUCUGGAAAAACAUGACAUACGCGUGCUGCAGGACCUGCCGGUUGGUGAGAACCUGCAAGAUCACGUUGGUAUGGGUGGCCUCUCGUUUCUGGUUGACAAACCUGUCGCUAUAAUACAAGAUCGUUUCAAUCCCACGGCACUCACCAUGCAAUAUGUACUGCGUGAACGUGGACCGAUGACUACGCUCGGUGGCGUUGAAGGAUUAGCCUUUGUGCACACACCUUACUCGAACAACUCCAUCGAUUGGCCUGAUAUACAGUUUCAUAUGGCACCCGCCUCCAUUAAUUCGGACAAUGGCGCACGCGUGAAACGAGUACUGGGUCUUAAAGAGUCACUCUACCAGGAAGUUUAUAAGCCGAUUGCCAACAAAGACACCUGGACGAUCAUGCCAUUACUGUUGCGUCCACGCUCACGUGGUUGGGUGCGUCUGAGCUCCUCAAAUCCCUUCCACUAUCCGCUUAUUAACGCGAACUAUUUUGAUGAUCCGUUUGAUGUAAAGACUCUGGUGGAAGGUGCAAAGAUUGCGCUACGCGUAGCAAACGCUAAAGUCUUCAAACAGUUCGGUUCGCGUGUACACCAGCGUCCAAUGCCGAAUUGCAAGAAAUACAAAAUAUACUCGGACGACUACUUGGAGUGUCAAGCGCGUACCAUCUCAAUGACAAUUUAUCACCCUUGCGGCACUGCCAAAAUGGGACCGGCUUGGGAUCCUGAAGCGGUGGUCGAUCCACGGCUACGGGUUUACGGCGUGCGUGGACUGCGUGUAAUCGAUGCCAGUAUUAUGCCAACAAUCAGUAGUGGCAAUACAAAUGCGCCGGUCAUUAUGAUUGGCGAGAAAGGUGCUGACCUCAUCAAGGAGGAUUGGUUAAAAAAUCCGGAAUAUCGCGCAGCGGCGCCGAAGAGUUAGCCCACUAUGAUAUAGCUAUGAUUAAGGGGGUAAUAAGCGUAAGCUUUUGUGGGAACUAUUUGGCUGUUAUGCCGUCAGUGCAUGUGACGAUCAUAAAUCAGGGCGUACGUGAGCUUUAUACCGUAAGCGGUGCCAUCGAGCGGAUGGUGUUUCAAAACACCGUCUCAUACACAUAGUAAAUAAAUUAACUGUAGACCUUUUUUAAUUAUGUUCCAUAGGAGCUACUUUUUCCAUUCGAGUCAUAUAUCUUUAUUUUAAGUUUUUUUCGCUGCCUAAGCUCCUCCUACAUGCUUAUUUCACACAUUUAUCACUAUAUGAUAAUUUAUCAUUAAUUAAUAGUGCAUCACUAUAUGUAAUUUAUUGCUGCAUACAUAUUAUUCGCAAACAUUUAUCGACUACAUCAUCACCAUUCGCAAUAAAAAUUAUAUAGUAGUAGUAAUAAUGUAAAUAUUGUUUUAAGUUAUUUAAAAUUAUAAUUUUACAUACAUAUUAAACAUAAUUGUUAAACUGAAUAAACAAAAUAUGUUAUGCU